CUCCAUGUCCUUUACAAGGAUAGGUGGUGGAGGCUAUAUAUGUAUAUAUAUAUAUAGUUCUCUUCACCUUCAUUUCUUCCUCCUACGUCCCCGUAGUUGAGUGCUUUGUCUUGAUCAAUCUCCGUCCUCGUCCUCAUUCUCGUCUUCAAGCAAGUUGUUAAAAAACCACAUUUUUCUUCCCCUUCUCUCUAAUAAAAAAAAAAAGUAUGUUGAAGAGAAGCGCAGCAAUUAAGGCUAAAAAAGCGAUUUCAAAUACAAAGUGUAAUAGAUUUUUGGUGUCUAUCAAUGUCCUUGGAAGCACAGGACCAAUUAGGUUUGUAGUAAAUGAAGAUGACUUGGUUUGUGAGGUUAUCAAGACUUCUCUUACAUUAUAUGCUCGCCAAGCUCGUCUUCCAACUCUUGGAACUAAUGUUGAUAACUUUAUUCUCUAUUGUGUUAAUGAUGAAAACAGGGAUGCUCUAAGCCCAAGGGAAACUAUAGGAUCAAAGCAAGUAAGGCACUUUCUACUAUGUAAGAAGCAAGGGACUUCACAUGCAUUAUUGCCUAAUGAGAAAAUCUCAAAGCAAAUGGAAGAAGAAAAGGGGAGAAAUAAUUGGAAGACAUGGCUCAACAAAUCCUUCAGUUACAACAUUCAAUCUCAUUGCAUGUUGUAAUUUUUUCGUUAUUGAUCGACGUGUUUUAUAAAUAAUGGAUAUCAGUUCUUAUGUCAUAUUUUCUGUUGUAAAAACCGAAAACAUUUAUAUAAUGAAUAAACUUUUUCGACACAA